AUGUCGUUGCCAAAAACCUACUCAGAUCCUGUGAGGAUAGCUGUGAUUGGCGGUACCGGAAUAUCACAUCUUGAGCACGAAGGCUUCACCGCUGUUGCGUCGCUAGAUAUCGACACUCCGUAUGGAAAGCCGUCCUCUCCGAUUACGAUCUUACAAACAGCUGCCGGAGCCCCCAUUGCUUUCCUCUCCCGACACGGUCUCCACCAUGAACUUACACCUACCGAAGUCCCCAACCGUGCCAACAUUGCCGCCCUACGCUCUAUCGGUGUCAGGUCUGUGAUCGCAUUUUCUGCCGUCGGUAGCUUGCAGGAAAAGAUCAAGCCCAGAGACUUUGUCAUCCCGUCACAAAUUAUCGAUCGUACAAAGGGAAUCAGAGAUUUUACUUUCUUUGAGAAGGGUGUUGUAGGACAUGUUGGUUUUGCUGAUCCGUUCGAUGCUAUCCUUUCGAGGGUUGUCGAAAGGGUUGCGAGUAACGGUGUUCUCGAAGGAACAGAUGUCAAGCUUCAUAGCGACAAACUUUUGAUCUGUAUGGAGGGCCCUCAGUUCAGUACUAGAGCAGAGAGCAACCUCUACAGAUCAUGGGGCGGAGAUGUUAUUAACAUGUCAGCUCUUCCAGAAUCAAAGCUUGCCCGCGAGGCUGAGCUUGCUUACUGCAUGAUCUGCAUGUCAACUGAUUAUGAUUGCUGGAAGGUCGGUGAAGAGGCCGUUACUGUCGAGACAGUUAUGGGUAACAUGCACGCUAAUGGUGCCAAUGCAAAGCGUCUUGUCGCCGCUGUUCUUCAGGAGUUGGUCAAGGAGGAGCAUCAGGACCUUGUCAACGCCAAACAUGUGGAAGGUUCCUCAAAAUUCGCGUGCUGCACUGCGCCGGCUGGGAGAGGUGCGGAGACGGUGAAGAAAUUGGAAUGGUUGAUGCCCGGAUACUUUUCUUAA